AGUGGUGAUCUAUUAAUAUUAUAUAUUUUGUGGUGGUGAUAGAAAUAACAGAAUCAAUACAAGAAUUCAAGCGAGUGAAAACUGAAAAGUGAAAACAUUGUUAUUUCUUAUGUCACUACAAAAAUUGCAUACAAGUAUAAAUUAUAUAUUAUAAAACUAAAAAAUUAAUAUGGAUUUUAAUAUGAAAAAAAUUGUAAAGGAUGCUGGAGCAGCCUUAAGUAGGGUAGUUCAGUUAACUGAAGAAAAAUUAGGCACAUCAGAAAAAACAGAGUUAGAUGGACAUUUCGAAAAUUUAUGGGAAAGAGCUGAAAAUACUAAAAGCUUUACAGAAAAAAUUGUAAGAAAUGCAGAAGCAGUUUUAAUACCAAAUCCAGGAAAUAGAAUUGAAGAUUAUAUUUAUGAAAAAAUUGAAAAAAAACGUCCCUCGAGAUUAAGUAAUCUCGAAUAUUUAGGUAUUGAAAUGGUAGAAGCCGGUAAUGCAUUUGGACCUGGUACUGCAUAUGGCAACUCUUUAAUUAAAGUUGGACAAUGGGAGCAAAAGUUGGGACAAACAGAUAGAGAUUUCAUUGGUUCUGCUGGAAUGUGUUUUACACAACCACUGCGAAAGUUUUUAGAAACUGAAAUGAGGACCAUUAUGAAAGAAAAAAACUUAUUAGAAACAAAAAGAUUAGACUUGGAUGCUUGUAAAAAUCGAGUUCGAAAAGCAAGAAGUAUGCUGGGUCAGCCUUCUGCAGAGAGAGAUUUAAGGAUUGCUCAGUCAGAAUUCGAUAGGCAGGCUGAGAUAACAAAAUUAUUAUUGGAAGGUAUAAGUAGUUCACAUGCAGCACACUUAAGAUGUUUACAUGAAUUUGUUGACACUCAAGCUCGAUUUUACUCCCAGUGCACAACAAUCAUGACAGAUCUACAGAGAGAAUUAGCAAGUUUAUCAGGUGUUCCUCCUACUCCCAAUAAUUCCAUGCAAACUGAUGAUUCACCAACGGAAGACAUGAUGAAGGCCCGAGUUCUAUAUGAUUAUGAAGCGAAGGAUUCUACUGAAUUAAGUCUGACUGCAAAUGAGGUUAUUUUAAUAAAGGACAUAUCAAACGAAGAUUAUGUAAUGGGAAAACAAGGCAGCAAACAAGGAAAAGUGCCAAGGGCGUUUCUGGAAGUACUUUCAUAAUUUUAUUUUUAUAUUUGUAAUCCUUGUUUCACACAAAUAAGUAGUCAAUGUCAGUUAAAUCUGAUAUGCUUUAAAAAUUACUUGUUAUAUAAAUGUGAAACAAAAACUGCAGGCACUUUAAAUAAAUUUAUGCCUUUAAAAUUGAUGAAUAAUAAUCAUUCCUAAAUAAUACUUAAAAGACAAUAUUAUAGAUAAUUGUGUUUCAGUUUAUUUUUACUUUUUUAUUAAUAUUUAUUAUCUAAACAGUUUAUUAUCUCUUCAUUACUGAUUUUACAAGUUAUUUAUAUAUAUAUUCAAGUUAACAUUUAAAGAGUUAAUGCAAUACUAUUAGUCAAUUUUACAUAAACAUGUGCAAUUAUUGUGUACUGUUAUUGUAGGAAUGCUUUACUAUAAUAUUCACAUCGAUAAAAAUUUUGUCAUUCAAUCAAUAAUGUAAAAAAUUGUUGUUAUUGUUAGAA